AUGCAACUAGGAGGCGGUUUCUGCUCCGGAGACUUGACAAGUGAGGCCGAGUGGUGUAUGACAGUAAGGAACAAAAUUGGCAUCAUUGUUGUGGAUGUCGACUAUCGUCUAUAUCCAGAAUUUGCAUUUGGAAAGGGUGCAGAGGAUGCCUGGGCUGCUCUUCAAUGGGUACUUAUGAUGUUUGUUUCCUGUACCGGACAAGUCAGCUAA